CGCCUUCUCAACUUGAAGUACUAACUCCGACUUUUCCUGCCUUAGAGCUGCCUCCAAGCCAAAUGAACGAGGUUUCUCAAGAGUUUACCCCAGUAGAAAGGAAACACACAGUUGAAAGCAUUAUAGACAAUGUUCAAGACUCCACAGAACAGCCUGAGCAUCUUGUGCCAUGCACAGCUCAGUUGACAGUUAGCAAAAAUUAUUCCCUAACAACUAAUGCUGUUCAGCCUGAUGAAUCUAAGACACCUCAUUGUUUUGAAAGUACAAAGCAAUUGCAUCUUGAAUCUUGCUUUGUAAAGCUGGAGCCUAUUCCCAUCAAGUGCAAUGAUCCAAAAUAUUUAGAUGCUCUAAAGAAUGCUGACAGUGAAACUCAAACACUCUUGAAAGAUAAGAAAUUGUUUUCUUUCACAUUGCGUCAGCUUAAGUUGUCCACAUUGAAGUCGUCUCUCUCCGUGAAAAAAGCCAACAAAGAAGAAGGUCUGACUCAUGUGUGUCCAUUCGAAACCUGCACACGAAAAUACAGCACCUCAAAAAGUUUGUCGAGACAUGUCAAAAAUGUUCAUUCUGAAGCUUUUGAGGAAUGGAAGUUAUCUAAGAAGUACAAAAGGAUUGCAGAAAUUGCUGCAAAAAAGUCAGCUGAGAGCACAACCACUAGUUCUCAGAUAGCAAAAUGGACAAGCCGUUCCAGACAAACUGAACAUACUACAUUCCUGGACUCAGUGCUUGAAAGUACUUCCUCUAUUUUCUCCAAUCACGAUAGUAUGCAGUCCAUAAGUGCCAAGUUUUGCUCUCAGCUUGAAAACCCUCAAAGUGCAGCAUUACCAAACCAGACAGAUCUGAUGCAAUUUCCAAUAACUCAGACAUGGGCAGCACCUCCAAUGGAGAAUUUGGAUUCAGGUUUUUCUGUACUUCCCUACAGCUCUACGAUUUUGUCUGACAACCAGCACACAAACCCAUCAUACCAUUCUGACACAGUCUUAGAUUAUGCGUCGCCCUCAUCUUAUGAUGACAUCAACCCCCUUUCUGUGAAUGCCAAUACACCCUCAAGUGUGAUGAACGAAGCCUCAAAAUAUGUGUCAAGCUCUCUAAGAGUACUACAUGCCUUUAACAGUGAGCAGACUUGUGACUUGUCACAGGUUGAGUCAAGCGUUAAUCCUGGAUUCAGUCAGAUUGGACAAAACCAUCCCGGUGAUAUUUCCAUCUGCCCUUUGUCUGGGCAGAAUUGCAGCCUAUAUUUUUCAACUUUGCCUUCAGAGGCAGGUCCUAUUUCAGUGCAGCCAUUGGAAAAUUCAAUCAAAGAAAUCAGCACUGAUAGUACUGAUGCAUUACUCUCAUCAGAUGUCAAAACUGUGUCGAAUCUUUUAACCCCUCAUUUUAAGGAAUCAUCGGACGAUUUCUUUAGUGUUGCCCCCCUGACUGGUGAGAAAAGUCCAAAAGAUUUUUGUGAUCAUGAAUUGACACAGGAAGGAACAGAAGGAAUCCCUUCAGAUGAUCAAAAUGUUUCAGGUUCUGGUGAAACUAGGAAAUCCAAAAAAGUUAAAUCAUCUAAGAGAGCAAAAUGGCCUGCCAUAAUACAGGAUGGGAAAGUCAUUUGUUGCAGGUGCUACAGAGAGUUUUCAAGCACAAAGUCACUUGGAGGUCAUUUAUCAAAACGUUCUCAGUGCAAACCUGUAGAUGAAAUUGAUCUUACUGCUGACUUACCAGUAUCAUUUCUGGAUUUUCUGAAUGAUCCUGAUAUUUCAAUGGCACAAAUACCUCUCCCCAUGAAUGACAUAAUUGAGCAGACUCACAAAUCCUGCAUCUAUGCACCAUCAGAAUCAAAUACCUUUAACAGUAACACUUUAACAAACAUGCAUGGUGGCACAGAUAGCAUCCAGAACACUAAUUUGUCUUCUCAAGACCCCUCUGAAAUGACUACAAAUUACAGUUUAUUCCAUCCACCUGUAUCAAACACUGGCUUAGAAAUCAAACAUGAAGCUGAAAUCAUCUCUGCAAAUACUGGUGAAGAUGGCAAAAUCAUAGAAAUUGAAAGGGCAUUACAGCGUCUUGAUUUAGUUGAUAUACUCAGUCGGGACAAAUGUGAGAUCAAAUCUGAGAGCACUAACCUGCAUGAUCAAAGCUCUAAAGAUGUCACGAAAAAUGAUCAGUGUCACACAAUUGAAGAUCCUGUACAAAACGAGCAGAAAUGUGUUUUAAAGCCCUUUAGAUGUGAAGAAGGGUGUGUUUAUGGAGCAAUGACAAAAGAAGCUUUAUUUAAACACCUUAGCCGUGUACAUGAUUACAGUGAGGACAGGAUAAAUCAAAUAAAGAAAAACCCUGACAAAUUUGCACCAUACAACUGUCAUUUAUGUUCAAAGGGAUUUACCAGAACCACAGGCCUUAAAAUCCACUACAAAAAUGUCCACCAUUUUUCAAAAGAAGAAAUGUCUCACUUGAAAAUCGGUCUUGGUUAUAGAAAGAUCAGAAAAUCUACAUCAAAGUCAAAAAAAGUCAUCACUGACCAGGGAAAGGACUCCCUAUCAGAGCAAAUUCAACCCCAAAUCAAUCCAAAUCUGACUGUUACAUCUUCUGAUUCAAAUGUUGAAGGAAAAGCCAACAUUGUUACCAAAAGAAAAAAGAAACGCCCCACACAAAAGUCCCUUACAGUUUCCAAUACUGAGACUUGCAGAACUGUGGAAGCAUCAAAGGAAAACGUUAAUCUUGAAGGGCUUUCAGCUACAUGUGUAAAACCCCUGAAAGACCCGUCUCUGGCUGAAGAGAAUCAUGUCAGUGAAUUAAACAAACCAGGUAUAUUUGUGAUGCAAGAGCUGAGUGAUGGAAGACAUCUCUUUGACACAACAGAUGCUCCAGACGAAAGAACAGAAAAUACAACUUCUGAAUCUAACAGACAAAUUGAAAUGAAUUCAGAUGUGAUGGUUGAUAUUCAAGAGAAAACUACAAUGACAAUAGACACCAUUGAUUCUGGUGAUUCAAGUAUGUUCCGGCCAUAUCGAUGUGUGCAUGAAGGAUGUGUGGCUGCCUUUUCAAUCCAACACAAUCUUAUCCUCCAUUAUAGGGCUAUGCAUCAGUCAGAACGUGAUGAAAAGAACAGUGCUAAAGAAACUGAUGGAGUUGUCCAAGUGCAGGAAUACAGAUGCCAAGUCAAACAAUGUUCAAAAGUAGUGUCGAAAGUUACCAGUUUGUUGAAACACUAUCUUUUGCUCCACAGAUGCACAUUAGAAAAGGCAAGUGCAUUGUUAUCCGGUAUUGAGGUAGGCACUUUUCAGUGUGACCAGUCAAAAUGUUCUGCUCACUUUACGUGUCAUUUGAAAUACAUUGAUCAUAUCAAAAAUGAUCACAAAGCAAUAAAGGUUUCAGCAGAUGGGGAUUUUGAAAGUGUGGACCUCACAUUCAGGUGUCAAUUUGAAGGUUGUGAUAGGGUCUAUACAACCAAGUCAAACCUUCUUCGACAUCUUAUGAAGAAACAUGAUGCUACUUUUGAAACUAUGAAACAGAAACAAAAAAGUGGAAUUGGGAAUGAUGUUCAAGCAAAAAAGUUAAGUGCAAGUUCUAACAAUGGAAAAGAGAACAUUGCAAAUAACAAUACAAAAAUGAAAAAGAAGAAUUCAAAAAAGAGAGAGGACAAGGCCAAAAACCUUUUAAUGACCUUAGAAAAGCCUGCUCUUAAAUCCAUCGAUGAUGUAUCUGCCAUGUGCAAUCAAAGACUUCCUCUACAAUACCCAUGUAUGAUUGAGAGUUGUGAUUCAAUAAUGAGUGAUGAGCAGAGUAUAUUGAAACAUUACACCACUCAUGGCCUCACGGAACAGUACAUUGAGGAUCAAAGAAGCCAGUUCAUAUUUUGCAUGAAAAGCAGUGCGAUGCCCAGAGCAGAUAGUACCUCAAAGAAUAUUGAGGUGGAGCAAACGGUUUUUGAUGAACAUCACACAGAAAAUGGGAACGUCAGUCCUCAAGAUGUAGGCCCAGAUCCUGUAGCUGAGGUUCUACGUAAUGAAAGUUUCACUGCCACAACCAUACCUGUGGUCAAACGGAAAAGAGGUCGUCCACGAAAGUCAGAAUGUAGAAACAAAAUGUGUGUAGAAAGAAAGAAAAGUCUUCGUAACUGCCCCGGGGAGCAUGUUAAAUGUAUGCUGAAAGUCUCAGGAUCCAUAUUGAACUCAUCUAGCUGUCAAGGGAACCAAGUAGAGAAAGACGUUGCACUAAAACUAUAUAAGCCUUCAGAGUUUGAGACAUCUGUCCUAAAGUUCAGUGAAGACACUCCAGUGUCCAAUCCAUCAAAACGACAGAGAACACUUCAACCAAUCAUUCAAGAGAGAGAUCAAGUCCAAUGUCUUGUUAAUUUCAGAAAUCCACUAAAGAUUGAGAAUGUGAAGAAUGUUAAAAUUGUUAUGUAUGAGAACCUAUCCAGUUGUUCUGAACUUUUGCUGAAGCAACUUCAAGAUAUGCAGCCCAUGGUCAUCCUGGAUAAGGGGCUGCACAGUUGAUGGUUAGAUUAGAGACAAAAUCAAGGCCUUGCUCUCAGGACCACAUACUGUGUCACAUGCUGCUGGCAGGUACAUCUGGUUACACUCCCUUGCAUUUAUAGUAGUUCCAACACCUUGUUUGUUAAUGGAUUUUGAUUAGUGCUUUAGAAGAAAAACAACUUUUGUACAAUAUUUAACAUUUUGAUGUACCAUUAUGUUUGUGUUAAAAAAAACAUUUUGUAUUCCUGAAAUUCUCGGAUGAAUAUUAGAUGAAAACAUUUUAAAAAAUGUACAAUUUUGUGUAGGAUGAAAAAAAGUUAUGAUAUAUCCCUGUGGGAUUUGUAUUCUUUGUUUUUGUUUUUGUUGUUGUUGUUGUUGUUUUUUAAAGUAUUUAUUUUUAACUUAACAGUAGUGUCAAUGUACUUGUCUUCCACCUAACAUUCAAUUUAAGUAAACUGAAUGCUCAGUGUAAAUUGUGGCAUCCACAUGACUGCUUGGGGUCGGAUUGUGGUGUUUGCAAUUCUGAGGUUUUCUCCAGAAAUCAAGAAUGAGGUGAAAUGUUUCAGUAUGAACAUUCAAUAUAGCACAGAAUUGAAGGACAGAGUACAAAUAAAGGAUGGAAAAAAUAAAAAUGUUAAAAGAAUCUACAAGUGGAAA